AUGACUGACGCCAACACAAGGGACCCGUCCUCUCUGGACGGCACACCACGUCUGCCCCUGCAGGAAAGCGAGCCACGCCCCAGCAUUGUCGAAACCCCCUCAAGGCAAGUUCUCAAUGGAUCACAUGUUGCCAGAGAACGUCCAUGGAGCAGAGGUAUUCUUCCGGACGACUUUCCCGAGUAUCGCAGACAAAUGGUACUACAGCUUUCCAAAGCGCACGAAGCCGGUGUACAGUGGAACGACAUCUACUUAGACGCUGAAUGGUGCCUUCCUUGGUGGGAGGGAAUUGAUCCAGUGGAUCUGAAGCCGGGCGAAGGGAAGACUUUGUGGAAGUGGUCGGGUAAUGGCAAAGUCUCGCACGAUUCUAACAAGAAAUCCAAAACAGUAGCCGACCAGCAUAUCAAGGCACUGAAGGAGCUCUUCGAUAAGGAGCUGUCGGGUGACAACUGA